AUGAACCGGCUCUGGAACAUCAGGCGCAUGGACCCCCUGCGGGGCUCCCCAAAGUGGGUCCCAACGCUGGGAGAGCUGCAGAAGACCCUCCAGAAGGGCGAGUACCUGCCCCUCCGCCCGCUGCCCAUGUUCGAGAGUAACUUUGUGCAGGUGACCAAUCGAGGGAGCCCUGUGUACGUGCACCACGGCGCCAACCGGCUGACCAUGGGCGUGGCCGCCUCCCUGCCAGGCCUGGUGCUGCCCGACAUGCUGCUGAUCGCGCGGCCCCCCGAAGGCCGGGAUGGCCCCAACGUCGUCCUCACCAGGAUGAUCCCCCUGGACCUGGCCCAGCUGUACGUGCACGACCUGACCGCCUGGCGCCUGAAGCUGCGCCUGGUCACUGGCCACUACUACUACCUGGAGCUGGACGCCCCCGACAGCGAGGUGGCCUUCCUGUUCAACCGCUGGAUCCGCCUCAUCAACCUGCUCCAGGAGCCCAGCACCACCUGGGUGCCCAGGGCUGCCCACACGCCCAGCUUGGGCCUGGCCAGCGCCACUGCACCUGCCUCCACCUGGCGCCUCCAGGGCCCGCCCCACAGUCAGCGCUCAGUCAUGAUCGCCCAGCCCACCUUUCCUUACGCGGUGCUGACGCCCCAGAAGCAGAAGAAGGCCAAGACCCUCAAGCGCAGAUUCAAGUCCCAGGCGGUGGGCGACUCGAUGCCGCUCAUCUGGUCGAAGCUGGAGCCCGCGGCGGCCGAGGAGGCGCCCGGCGAGAAGACCGCCUUGGCGAUGCCCUUGCCGCGGAAGCGGGCGUCCACCGACAUGCGCAGCAGCUCCACCGUGUUGUCCGCCUCGUGGGCCCGCGCCGCCACGAUGCCCACCACGUUGCCGUCCAGCACGGCCACCCAGAAGCAGGAGCCUGCGGAAGACGGGGCGUCAGGCCGGGACGGGAGCCCCGCCCCCCGCCGGGACACAGGAGGCCCCUCCCGCCCAGAGAAGCCCAGCAUCACCAUCAGGACCAUCUUCAGCAUCAUCUCCAACACCGUCACCAGCUCGCAGUCCUCGGCCAAGGCAGCUACCGGCCGCGGCCCGCGGGGAGGGGCCUUGCUGGAGCCAACCACAGGCUGUGUCCAGCCCGACAGCCACAGUGCAUCCCUGCUGGGCUCCUAUGACCACCUGGACCAGCGACUGUGGCAGCAGCACAUCCAAGACCUCAUGGACCCCGAGUCCAGCACCCUGUCCUCUUCCUCUCUGGGCCCUGCUGCUCCAGCGCCAGCUCUGUACCUGGCCACACCUGGUCCCUUCCCCCGACACGAGAAGGGCAGGCCUUUGGAGUCCAGGCAGAGGGUAACGCGGCCGCCCUCGCAGAAGGGCCCCCAGCUCCCAGCCGCCUCACGGAAAGCACCCUUCCUCCUCGACCGGUCGCACAAGAUCCCGGCUGUGCACGCACCAUUCAAGAAGGGGUCCAGCGGAGCGCCCGGCAAGGCCCUGGGGCCACCAGCCGCCCCGCAGAAGGCCCUGGCCGCCCCACCCCGGAAGGGGCCCCCCGCCUUGGCCACUGCCCACGGGGCCCCCUGCACCCCUGCCCCAGCCCGGAAGGCCCGCCCUGCCUCCCCGAAGGGCCCGGGCAGGCGCGCCCGAUCUCAGAAGGCCCCGCCUGUGCCAGCUGUUUCCCCGAAGGCCGUGUCCCCCCCAGUCCUCCACCGGAAACCGCCGUUCCGACCUGCCCCACCCCAGAGGGCUGCGGGUCCCGCCGCCACCUGCCCUGUGGCGUGGGACCCCGCAGGCCGGGGGCUGCUGCCCAGAGGCGCGGUGGGGGAGCCGCCAGAGCCCCACCCACCUGAAGCGAAGCCUGGGCCAGUGGCCCUCGUGGGCACCCGGGAGGAGGAGGUGGUGGAGGUGAGGGCAGAGCAAACCUCCCUGCAGCUGCCGGAUGGCACGACCAAGGUGGACUCGGUGAAGGUGGUGGUCAGCAGAGCCCACGAGCUCUCCCUGGGCGGCUGGAAGAGCAAGGGGAAGCUGGAGGACGUGACCAUCACCAAGAAGGAGGAGACAGUGCUGGACAUGCCCGGCUUCAAGGCCAAGCGGCUGGGGCAGCAGCACAAGUGGGUCAAGACCCAGGAGCUGGCCCUGGACGGGGCCGCGCAGGAGCACAGCAGGCCCUUCUCGGUGGAGGGGCUCGCCCUGGCCAAGCUGAUGAUCAUGGCCAACUGUACGGAGCCGCCCCUCAGGCCGCCGGUGGUGGGCCUGCCCUCCUGGCUGUCCAUCCCCCAGGCGUCCUCCCUGGCAGUGAAGGACCCCCAGCCUUCAGUGGCGGCUGAGGGGCCCGCGCGCUCAGCCUCCAGGAAGCCGACUUUCCAGGCGCCCCCCGCCAAGCUGGCCUCCAGCGGCCCCAAGAAGACUGGGAUCUCUGAGGCUCCCAUCCCUCUGCCUGCAUUGAGGUGGGAGGACACAGUGUCCCCAGCCCCCAGCUCACCGAACCCCAUCCCACAGAUGGAGAUGAGGAUGUCCCCACAGCACAAGGGAGGACCCCCAGAUUUGGAGGGGGCACAGAAGCAGCGCCCCCUGGCUACAGUGGGGUCUGCCUCAGAGAUCCUCUUGCCCUCGCUCCUGGACAUCACAGGCACCAACCAGGAGGGCCUGGACACAGGCCUGCUCCUGCCCAGGUACUGA